CUAGUGUUGAGGUUAAAGUGGAUGCCGACGAUCCGACGAGGUUUCCGCCUUGGAUUCCGCUUGCUUCGUGGCCGAUGAAGGUCUUUGGGGCUUCGUAGAGGCGUGCUCCGAACGUCACCUGUUCGGCUAAGACGAAUUGUCCCGCUACGAAGCACGUUUACUUGAUUGGUUGCGGUCCUUUUGGAAUUAUUCUUAUCGAGAUAUUGUCGUGACGGCGGAGCACAAAGGCUUAUGCUGAACACGUUGUCCUGUUUACACAACUGGCUUGCCGGAGCUUGAGGAAGAAGUGAUGCUUUCCAGUUAAGGAAAUGGUAGUUAGUUCGGGUUCAAGAUCAGACCAAUUUAGGAUUGCUUCGUCGGAAAAUAACUCUCCGGUGGAGUCAUCAUGGAUUGCGCAAAUGAUGGAGGCCCAACAGAAGGGAAAAGGUGUUCAAAUACCGAAAGAAGAAUUCAAGGUGACAACCUAUUGGGAAGAGACACGGCUAGAGUUACACAAUAAGAAGGUACUUUUGGAUUUCGGACAUGUUCACCGGAAUUCCGGAACCGAAGCUAGUGUCGAAGGAGGUGGUGGCGACUCUUCUUCCGGCGGGCACCGAGUUUUAGCCGGUAAAAAAGCAGGUGAGAAGAGACGAAAGAAGACAAUCAGCUUGCAGGAUCUCCGGCAGUACUUUGCAGGGAGUCUUAAAGAUGCUGCUAAGAGUAUUGGUGUGUGCCCGACUACUUUGAAAAGGAUAUGCAGACAACAUGGGAUCAAUCGAUGGCCGUCUCGAAAAAUUAAGAAGGUAGGCCACUCUUUAAGAAAGCUCCAAGCUGUUAUUGAUUCGGUUCAUGGUGCUGAGGGAGCCAUUCGAAUAGACUCGUUCUAUUCAAGCUUCCUGGAACUUAGCUCGCCAAACUUGACAUCAGAACCUCAACUGGACAGCGGCAUGUUCAUCCGAGGAGCUGCUUCUUCGAAAUCUAGAUCGUCUUCAUCGAGUCAAAGCUCCGGUUCGAGUACUUGUAGCUCCACAAGAGCUAAACAGCAGAGUACCAGUACCAAUGCAGUGGAAGAUCCUGGUGGAACACUAAACAGCGUUCUCGGUUAUGCUGAAUCGCACUCCCCGAGCCGUAAAACAAUAGGUGAGCAUCCUAAUUUCGAGACUCGACCUCGGUUCCUGAAAUCGUUUGGCCGGAAUUUAUCGACCGGGGGCGCCUUGAGAGUGAAAGCUAUGUUCGGAGAAGCUAAGAUACAGUUCGUCCUGCAACCAAGUUGGGGUUUCAUAGACUUGCAACAAGAGAUCAUGAAGCGUUUUAACAUCGAAGAUACCGGCAAAAUCGAUCUCAAGUACUUGGAUGACGACGUCGAAUGGGUUCUCUUGACGUGCGACGCCGACCUCGAGGAGUGCAUAGAUAUAUACAAAUCAGCUCAGUGCCACACCAUCCGAAUCUCCCUUCAUCAAGCAUCUAAUCCGAGUCUCCGGCAGCAGUGUCACCAUCAAUUAUGCUCCUUCUGGUAAGAGGCAUCCGCCACCUCAAAGGUGUCGUUUUAUGGCCGAAUCUUAUCGAACGGAGCUGUAGAAGAUGAGAUGGAACCGAGAUGCAUGAAUCGCAUAGAUUCUGUAUACAAUAUAAUAAAAGCGUGAGGACGAUGGCAGAAGAUGACCGAGAGAGGACUGA